CCGAAAAAAACCCCAACUCCUCAGAUGUCUGUCAGAAUGUGAGACAGAAACUUGUGGAUGAAAUGAAAGCUGAAAGCAUCAAGCGAUUCCUUCGGAACUGAGCAGAAUUUUCUUCUUGCCAAACAAAUUCAAGGCCAGUGGAAGGAAUUUGGAUUGGAUUCAGCAGAACUUGUUCAUUAUGAUGUGCUGCUUUCCUACCCAAGUGAAACACAGCCAAACUACAUCUCAGUAAUUGAUGAUCAAGGGAAUGAGGUGAUAUUUUUAAUGAUGAAGCUACGUUUAUGUAAGAUCUCUUUUAAGAAAUAAUGUCUUCCUCUGUCUUCACACUCCCUCAUCCCAGCACUGGGCUUGAUAUUCUGAUAAAAAAAUCCAGUGGAAAGAGAACUCAAAUGUAAAAAUAGUUUUCCAGUCUGUGCAGCAAAACAGAAUAGUGUGGCUUAAAUCUCAGUGCCUGAUACAGAAGAGAAAGGAUGUGAGGUUAGGCAGGGACUCAACACAUGUAUGCCAUAACAUGUAAGAAUGACCAUUACUGGUCCAUAUUAGAGGUACGUCUAGACAAUAUCCUCUUUCUGCAAACAGCUUUAAGUAGAUACUCAGGCAAAUUUAGGAAAAAGAAAUGUGUCCAAUGUGCAUAAUUCUUCCAGUGUCUUCAGCUCAAAUGUGAUUGUAUCACAUUCGGAGAACAUAUUAGACUUCUUUUCCAAGUAUUUAAUUGGUCAGUACCCUUAUUAGCUCUCUGUUCCAAGUGCCUAUCCUGAGUCUGCUUGAAUGUCUGUACAAUUGUUUCUACACAUUGCUGAGGUAUGCCAUGCAGUGCUGCUCACUGUAUGGAGUACUGCUUCUUUUCAAUUGCCCUGAAUAUGAUCUUACUGCCUUCCUGGGGUAUUGGAAAUAAUAACAAAUGACUCGUAUGUAGUCACCUUCAUUUUUUACACCCAGGAGAAUUAAUAGGUAGCAGUGAAGAGGGAAGAUGGAGCUGCUACGGAAGCAUCAUAGCACACUGGCAAGAAUGGAGGCCACUGGUAGGAACUGAGGAAUAUGUGCUCAGGAAGGAAUGAACUUAGAGAUUUUCAAUACUUCAUCAUUUGAACCACCUCCUCAGGGAUAUGAAAAUGUUACUGAUAUAUUGCCACCAUAUAAUGCUUUUUCAGCGCAAGGAACACCAGAGGCAGAUCUGGUAUAUGUGAAUUAUGGCCGCACUGAAGAUUUUUUUAAGCUGGAGCGUGAAAUGGGAAUUAACUGUACAGGAAAGAUUGUUAUAGCCAGAUAUGGGAAGAUCUUCAGAGGAAACAAAGUUAAAAAUGCCAUUUUAGCAGGAGCCAUAGGGAUCAUACUUUAUUCAGACCCUGCUGACUAUUGUGCCCCAGGAGUAGAUCCUUACCCAGAUGGCUGGAACCUUCCAGGCAGAGGAGUCCAGCGUGGGAAUGUGCUGAACCUGAAUGGUGCAGGAGAUCCUCUAACACCUGGUUAUCCUGCAAAAGAGUACACUUUCCGAUACAAAGUGAAUGAAGGUGUAGGGAUUCCAAAAAUCCCAGUUCAUCCCAUUGGAUAUCAUGAUGCAGAAGUGUUAUUACAUGCAAUGGGAGGACCUGCAGCUCCAGACAGCACCUGGAAGGGAGCUCUGAAUGUGUCAUAUAACGUAGGGCCAGGAUUUGUAGACAACUUUUCAACAAGAAAAGUCAGAAUGCACGUUCAUACAAGCAAUAAAGUUGCUAGAAUUUACAACGUCAUUGGUAUCAUCAGAGGAGCUGUGGAACCAGAUAGAUACAUUAUUUUAGGAGGUCAUAGAGACUCCUGGGUAUUUGGUGGCAUUGAUCCAAGUACGGGUGCAGCUGUUCUUCAAGAGGUCGUUCGAAGUUUUGGUAAAAUGAAGAUGGAAGGUUGGAGACCUAAGCGAACUAUCAUUUUUGCUAGCUGGGAUGCAGAGGAGUUUGGAUUGCUGGGUUCCACAGAAUGGGCUGAGGAAAAUGCCAGAGUCCUCCAGGAACGAGCAGUGGCGUACAUCAACACAGAUUCUUCUAUAGAAGGCAACUACACAUUAAGAGUUGACUGCACCCCUCUUCUCUACAAACUGAUAUAUAAUCUAACAAAAGAGAUUUCAAGCCCUGAUGAAGGCUAUGAAAAUAAAUCUCUUUAUGAGAGUUGGCUUGAGAAAGACCCUGCACCUGAAAAUAACAGUUAUCCCAGAAUAAACAAACUGGGAUCAGGCAGUGAUUUUGAAGCUUACUUCCAGCGACUGGGAAUUGCAUCUGGCAGAGUCCGCUACACCAAGAACAGGAAAACAGACAAAUUCAGCAAUUACCCUGUUUAUCACACUGUGUACGAGACCUUUGAGUUAGUGGAAAAAUUUUAUGACCCCACCUUCACGAAACAGCUAGCAAUUGCCAAGCUGCGAGGCAAACUGGUUUAUGAGCUUGCAGAUUCCCAGGUUAUUCCAUUCGACUGUAGAGACUAUGGAGAGUCCUUAAAAGGAUACAGCGACAGAAUUUAUAAAUUGGCUAAGAAACAUGAAGAACAGUUGGAAACAUACAGAGUAUCAUUUGAUCCUCUUUUUUCUGCCGUGGGGAACUUCUCGGAGGCUGCUGCUGAAUUUCACAGGAGGCUUGAGCAAGUGGACAGGAAGGACCCAGUUGCAGUGCGAAUCAUGAACGAUCAGCUGAUGUUUAUAGAAAGAGCUUUCAUUGAUCCUCUUGGCUUACCAGGAAGAAAGUUUUACAGACAUGUCAUCUUCGCUCCAAGCAGCCACAACAAGUACGCUGGAGAGUCCUUCCCAGGUAUCUAUGAUGCCAUGUUUGAUAUUGAAAGCAAAACCGAUCAUCAAGGAGCCUGGGAAGAAGUUAAGAGGCAGAUUUCCAUUGCAGCCUUCACUGUGCAGGCAGCUGCAGAGACACUGAAAGAAGUAGCAUAGGAUGAUGGCCUGGGAAAAUGCGCUGUAGGCAGGCUACUGCAGUGACCCAGCCUCAACUAACUGCUGCUGUGCCUGAGCUCCCAACCUUCAAAAGCAUUUUCUUGGAGGUUUACACAAAGACUCAGGAACAGUGAGGUUCCACCACUCGGGCAGUGACUGUGCACUUCCAUCCUGUAGUUGCAUUUUGGAAAACAGAGAUUAUGGGAUAACUGAGAACUGACAUCCUUGCUCCUGUUGAUGCUCUCGCCAAACUCAAACCAGUGGCAGCUUUUGCCUUUUCUUUUUUCUUUUUUUUUUCUCCUGGAAGAGCUCUUUCACAAAGUGAUGUCCCUUCCAGUUGAAGGGGGUGGAUGACAGCACUGACACUAUUGGUGUAGGGCUGGAGUGUAUGGAGUAAUGCUGUCAUCUGAUAAGAGAGAAUUUCCCAUCAGGAGCUGCAUGUAGAAUAAUAGAAUCCUUAGAGUUGCAAGGAAUCUUUAAUGGUCAUUUAGUUCAACUCCCCUGCAAUAAACAGGGCCAUCUACAGCUAGAUCAAGUGCUCAGGGCCUAGUCCAGCCUCACCUUGCAAGUCUCCAGGACAGGACAUCCACCACAACUCUGGGCAACCUGUUCCAGUGCUUCACCACCUUCACUGUAAAAUACUUUUUCCUUAUAUCCCACUCAAAUCUACC